ACAAUAGUAUUAAAUAAUAAACACAGCGGUGAGAUAUUCCUAAGAGAAUGUUCAUUCAGAUAUAUUUUUAAAAUAUAUACAACACGAAUUUUGCAGCACUGAAACCGCUCACUGCAACACGAAACGCACGCAUCAACAACUCGGCAAACUAUGAAAAAGAACUAUACCACCCGACAUAAGAUAAUCACACCUUCAUAAAAAGAAUUGAUAUUCUACAUUACGCAAAUUAGUGAAUUUUUCUGCAUACGCUACUUUCGUUUAUACUUGCAAUUGAACACUAUUGUGAAAUACAUACACGUUGUUUUCAUCUAUUUUAUUUUAACAUCUAGACGAUUGUGCAAAUUGUCAAAAUUAUCAAACGCGUCCCACAUUCAUUGUAUCAACAAGCGAGGUGUAACUCAGUGAGAGUUGAAAUAAACGAGAAGAAAGGUAGGGAAGCACGUAGCUAUCUCUUUGGUUUUGAGCGCAAAAGUAUUUCGACCGUCGCGAAGAGAUGGACUUUCUCGGGAAUAAAUACUACAAACUCAAUCGUCGUCUUUUGCUGCUAGUCGGUUUGUGGCCAUACGAUCACUGUCUCUUCAAGUAUUGUCAAAUGAUGCUUUGUAACGUCAUUGUAAUAUUAACGAUGGCUAGCCAGGUCGCGAAAUUGAUAACACUGAGACAAAACAUUGGCUUCAUGCUACAAAUAGUGUCUCCUAUUGUACUUGGUAUAGUCUUUAUUAUAAAAUACCAAACAUUCUGCCUCAUCCCUGGAAAACUACGGCGCCUGAUGGACCACAUAGAGAGGGAUUGGAAUAUGCUUAAAGAUAAAAGAGAACUAGACAUCAUAGGAAGAUACACUUAUAUCGGAAGUAUGUGCACCUUAAGUUUCACAAUAUUCGGCGCCGUGGCGACAAUAGUUUGCAUUCUCUUGCCAUUCAUACCAAUUAUUCACGAUAUACUCACGCCGCUGAACAUCUCCCGUCCACGACAGCUUCUGUUCCCGGGAGAGUACUACAUCGAUCAGCGAAAGUACUUUUACGUAAUCUCGUUGUACUUAGACCUCGCUCUGAUUCUAAUUAUCAUUACUCUGCUGGGCACCGAAACGCUGUACGUAACGCACGUGCAACACGCUUGCGGAUUGUUUCAAAUUGCCAGCUACCGGAUGAAUCAAGCGUUCGACGAAAGUCUGUCACAGGUUUACACGCCUGAAAAGAGAACAAUCUUCGUCUACCAAAGGAUAAUUGAGGCUGUACACAUUCACAAAAGAGCUCUGGAGUCGAUCGCGUACCUGAUAACACUGAGACACAACAUUGAUCUCGUACUGAACAUUCUCGCUCCUACUGUACCUUGUUUAAUCUACGCUGUAAAAUACCAAACAUUCUCUACCAUCCCUGAAAAACUAAAACACCUUAUGGAACACGUAAAAAAGGACUGGAAUAUGCUUAAGGAUAAAAGAGAAUUGGAAAUCAUAGAGAAAUAUAUUUAUAUUGGAAACAUGUGCUGCAUGGGUUGCGCAAUACUUGGUGUCAUGGGAAUAAUAAUAUUCCUUCUCACGCCAUUCGUACCGAACAUUCUCGAUAUUCUUGCUCCAAUCAACGUCUCGCGUACACGACAGCUUCCGAUUCCGGGGCAAUACUUCGUCGAUCAGCAGAAAUACUUUUAUGCCAUUGUAUUACACUUAGAUAUUAAUGUGAUUAUAAUUGUCACUACUCUGUUGGGCACCGAAUCCCUGUACAUAAUGCAUGUGCAACACGCCUGUGGAUUGUUUCGAAUCGCUAGUUACCGAGUGAGCCGAGCGUUCGACGAUAAUCUCUUACAGGCUUACGCACCUAGAAAGAGGAUGAUCAUCGUUUACCAACGGAUAAUCGAGGCUGUACAUAUACACAAAAGAGCUUUAGAGUUUUCCGAAUCCUUGUGGUCCUCCCUGUCGGUAUCAUACAGCAUUCUACUCACGAUCGGAAUCAUAUCCCUGAUUAUCAAUCUUUUCUGCCUUCUUCAAGCGGUAUUAUUAGUCAAAGAGAUUAACGAAAUAAUAAGAUUGGCAAUAAUUACUUUUAGUCAUAUUCUUUAUAUAUUCUUGGGCAACUACAUUGGCCAAAUGUUGAUAGACCAUAGCGCCGAUGUUUCUGAGAAAACAUACCUGACGCAAUGGCACUGCGCCCCUUUGCAAGCGCAAAGAUUAUUGCCAUUUAUGAUGCAAAGAAGUAUGAAAAGUUGCAAAAUGGUCAUAGGUGGUAUAUUUACUUCAUCAUUAGAAGGCUUUGCGACGGUUAUGAGUACAACCAUGUCAUAUUUUAUGGUACUUUGGUCAGCACGCAAAUAAUACCAUUAACGGUAAAAAAGGUAUAGCCAUUAUAAAUUGUAGUCAUUGCAUUAAUAGAAGAACUAUAAAAGAAAAGAAAAGUAAAAGAAUCAUUAAUGUAGCAAGAUAAUUAAAACAAAAAACAUCUUCACUUAGAUUAGCGAUAUUUCAAAAAUCAUUAAAACAUGCAAUUAUGCAAAAUAAAUAAAAUAUAAUUUCACAAUCAAUUCUUUCCGAUUUUCCCUCAUACUUGUUUAGUAUUACUAUUAUUAUUAUUACUGUAUGCUUAUUACUUUUCACGUGGAUAAAAGAGACUAGGUACAACUUUGGUGAUGAAAAUUUACUGCAUCUAUAAAUAUAUAAUAUACUGUUGCACUCAUAUACUGUUGUACUCACUAUCAUAAUCUUGAGAAUCACAAUCUUGAGAAAUGUAAGGCGAAUGAAAAUGAUUUAUAUGACUUUUUUUCAUCAGAGAAUUCUUUACAAUUUCAAUACAAGCUUCCUCAUAAAAUAAUUUCGUAAUUGUAAUCGCGAAUAUUUAGCAGCCAUAUCGAUGCGAGCUUAAGCUAGGUGCGGCAAGACGUACGAGAUACUAUCAAAAUGAAACCAGAUUAAACCUAUAAGAAGUAUAGUACUUUUCUAACUUAAAUUUGGUCUAUAUCUCCUUCAAAAUAAUUCCCUUUUACAUGUAUACAGCGAUCCCACCGCUUCUCCCAUGCCUCAAAUGCUUCCUGAAAAUCUUUUUCUUGAAUAACAUUUUCUUAAGCACCUCUUACGAUUCGGACUGGAUCUCUUCGACCGUGCUAAAAUGCCGCCCCUUGAACUUCAUUUUAGAAAACAAAAAGAAAUCACAAGGGACUAGAUGCAGCGAGUAAGAAGAAUACGGAACGACCACUAUGUUAUUUUUUGCCAAAAACUGCCGCGUUUUGAAACUGGCUUUUGCACUAUGACAAUGCUCUCGUGUGGGCGUUUCUUUCGCACCACACUUCCGGUCUUUUGCGACGAACGUCUUCACAUAAUCUCCUCAAGACAUCGCAGUAAAAAUCUGCAUUCUCUGUCUGAUUGAGAGGAUCCAAUCCAAACCGCAAAAGGUGCUUAACACUGUUCAAGAAAAAGAUUUCUAGGGAGCGUUUAAGGCAUGGCAGAAACGAUGG